AUGGCAUACUCGGUUGACGGACACCGCCACUUACCAGAGAUCCAGCAGGAGUUGGACCUGCUCGACGCUGGUGACGGCCUCCGCAUCACUUUUUUGACCCAUCUCGUUCCGAUGACGCGCGGCAUCCUAGCAAGUUGCUACGCCCCUCUCAAAGAGGGAGCGAUCGCUUCAGGGGAAGGCGCCAAGAGCGAGAUCCGCGAAAUUUACGACAACUUUUACGCGAAUGAGACUUUUGCCAAGGUCGUGCCUGCGCCGCCGAUGACAAAGCACACGCUGGGGAACAACGACUGCGUAGUCUAUCCCACGGUCGACACGAGAACCAAUCGCCUCAUCGUGCUCAGUUGCAUCGACAAUCUCGUGAAGGGCGCUGCUGGUCAAGCAAUCCAAAACAUGAACCUGAUGUUUGGCCUGCCGGAAGAGGAAGGAAUUACCCAGUUGGCACUGUACCCAUAA